AAUUGACAGCACGCGUUAACUGUCAAAAUUUUUCAUAAAUUUGUUGACCUAGUGCAGCAAAAAGUAGAAAUUUCCCAUAAAUACAUUCUAUAUACGUACGCAUCAAUAUAAACUGAAGCAUCUAUCAUUGUUUUUUCAACUAAAAAGUUCCGAAAACAUUGCCGGCAAAAUAUGAGUGAUUUGCCGCCUUUUUCAAAUUUGAGGUUAGUUUUUUCGACACUUCAAAAGUCUCGAGUCUGUAAAGUCUGUGAAGUGAAAUUUUACAAUAUUUUACGUGAUAAAAAUUAUAAAAAUGGAUUUAAGUGAUAAUUCACAGGGAUCGGAAGAAGAAAAUUAUGGUGUAAAAUUUGUAGAUGAAAAAGAAGAAAUUGCCUCACUAUUGGCAACCGUACCAGCUUUGAAAGAUCUGUUCCACUUACAUUACAAAGUCGGAGAAGGUAGUUUCAGUUCCGUAUUUUUGGCAACUCUAAAACUUUCCAACGGUUCGAAAAAAUUUGCUAUAAAACAUUUAAUACCGACUUGUCAUCCUACGAGGAUUCAGCGAGAAUUAAACUGCUUAAAACAGAUUGGUGGUAAAGACCAUGUAGCUGGUUUAGAAUUGUGCCUGAGAAAUUCAGGAUCUGUUGUUUUUGUCAUGCCGUUUAUGAGACAUGAUAAAUUUCCUGAAUAUGUACAAAAUAUGACUGUGUCAGAAAUAAAAGAUUACAUGAGGGCAUUAUUAACAGCUUUACGAAGAGUUCAUCAGUUCAGUAUUAUUCACAGAGAUAUUAAACCGAGUAACUUCUUGUAUGAUCGGAGUAAUAAAAGGUAUCUCUUAGUCGAUUUUGGAUUAGCCGAAAGAUACAAGAAGGAUGCUAAUAAAACUGGUAUUGUAAAGCCACCAAUUCCAAUUCCUGACCCUGUCAAAAGAAAAAGAGAAAUGGAGAAUAGCAGAGUUUCUUUGAAUACUCUCAAGAAAUCAGAAGAAAAAUGUUACUGUUUCGGUAAAUCUAGGGUUUGCUCGCUUUGUUUAGUGAGACCAGUACAAACAGCACCUCGUGCCGGAACUCCGGGGUUUAGGGCCCCAGAAGUUUUGUUAAAAUAUCCUGCCCAAACACCAGCAAUUGAUAUUUGGGCAAGUGGAGUAAUUAUGCUCUCAAUUCUCAGUGGCUCGCAACCUUUUUUUCGUUCUCCAGAUGAUUGUACCGCUUUAGCAGAAAUUGUUACUUUAUUCGGAUCUGAUAAAAUGCACCAAUGUGCUCGUAAACUCGGUAAAAAAAUUACAAUUGCUGAAGACAUUCCUCCAGUUGACAUAAUCAAUCUCUGUAAAAAGUUAAGAAGAAGGGGAAAAAAUUUGCAAGACCUCAAUUUAACAUCUGAAGAGGAGAGUUUGGACAGAAAGUUUCCUGCAGAGGCGUUUGAUUUAUUAUCAAAACUGAUGGAAGUGGAUCACAGGCUACGAAUAACAGCCGCCCAAGCACUCAAUCAUCCGUUUUUAAAGUUGUAAUUAAAACUUUAAAGACUGGAGAACGCGAAUCUUAAUAUAUAUUGAGAGAGAAUAUUAUGAACUAGAGAAUAAAAUUUGGCACUAGUGCCAGAUUGGCUGUGCUUUCUUAAAUAAAUAAAAAAAAUUCAA